UUAACAUUAUAUUAAAACCAUCAAUUUUCAAAUAACAAUUUAUUUCAAUGACCCAACCUCAGCUUUCAAACCAAGCAUUGUUCCUAAAUUUAAACACCGCCAUCCACCCAAAAGACAUAAUUGGGGAAUUUAAAGAUCGCUUCCAUCCAAAGGAUUCUAUAGAGCUCCUUUCGAUGCUGAAGACUGGCGUAAAUGAGAUUCCUGAAACAUUGCCUUCUUACACACGCGUUCAGCAAUACUUGGCGAUUUUUGAGGAACCGUCAUUUAUCCGGUCCUGCGAGAGGUUGUUCUUAAGGCAGAAGAAGCAAGCAGACACCAAUGACCCAAGUCCUAAUACUGGAUACUCUAUGCGGGAUUCAACCCUUCAGAAACGAAAGGCCUCAUGUUCAACCGCAGUGGAAGAUGUAAUUGAUCAGGACAAUUGGAAUGUUGAUCAAAUUUAUUUAAGAAAUGGAGACAAGACAGUAGGCCACAUUAUUAAGAAGGCUGCUAUUGAACUGAUACCUCUAUCUGGAGACAUUUCUUCGGACCAACGCAGGAUUUUGACAUUGGGAUUGUCGUCAAUCCUUGACCUCACAGACCGUUCAGUAAAGGGUCAAUUAAAAUCAUUGUUUAAGGAAGAAGAGCAGAAUGAAAUAAUGGAACGUUUUAAGCAUCUGAAGCAGUAUGACUCAAAUACCUCUUUCGUCUCUGAGGAGCUCGAUAUGCAUCUAGAGCUUAUGCAAAGGAGCCUUGUAAAGAGUCAACUUUCAGGUGCAAGGUCCUACAUUCUGCGUCAGAUUCUUUGCAGCACAGAUGAGAUGACAAGGGACCUGAAUGUUCUUCAACACAUCAUUGAAACGCAUUUAUUCAAUGAGCAUCUCUUUACACCAUCAUCGACAGCAAAAAAGAAUCAGGACAUUUCAGAAUUGGAUUAUCUUGCGGAUAUUUGGAAGCCUCUAUUUUCAAGGCUCUUUGCUGGUUCGGCUGCGAAGAUCCGCAAUAAGGGCGGAGAGACUACCAUGAUCCAAUCCAAUGAGGAAAAACGUAGGAUAUACAAUGAUGACACGGCCAUCGCCUUCAAGAUCGACUGCCGCAUCCUGUUGGACCACAAUGGAAAAGAGUACGAUCUUGCAUCUAUUGAGAUCGCAAAGAACACGGGCAGAAGUAAGAUCUGCUUCGAUGGCGCAAAGCUACUUCGUGAAGCAAAAUCGAUCACGAAUAUGCUAGCGGGCAUAGUUGCGGAUGACGACCAUUUUCUGAAGAAUACAACAGCAUUUGCAAUACAGAUUGGCGGUCUGUCAGGUGCUAUUUAUUCACUUCACCUCGUAGCACCCACUCUCUAUGUCGCAGUGUUUGAGGCUUCUCUGCAAUUCCCAGCCACCCCCAGCUCUUUAGAUAAACUCAAGCCUACCUUGAACGCGCUUCUCUGGUUAAGAAACAGGCUUAAUGAAGGGGGAAACCAGGUCAGGAGCACACUGUCAAGAGUGGAGACAAUCGAGGAUGUUCUUACUCAACCAUCCGGAAAUAUCGAGAGCCACUCGAGGAGAAACUGGAUCAACGAUGUUUUUUAUACCCCUCCAAGUGGUAAAAAGAUCCGACUUCUCGAUGGACUUGUAAAGCCAUCGGUAACAAACUUGACAGAGUCGUUCCUGGCCGCAGCAUCUGAUAAUUCCCACAGCUUCCCAAAUGUUGAGUUUAAUGAAGACGGUUGGGGCCGUGUUUAUCAUGGCGGUUCGUUCCGGUGGUUUAAUAUCCAUUUGAAUAAGUUCUCAAGCACUUAUGGUGGCAAAUCACCCAGUCUUUAAACC